GGGAGGGAGGGGGGGGCGCGGCGAGCGAUGGAUGAGGACAACAUGACGAGGAGCGAGGAGCAGGAGCUGAGUCUGCAGAAGGCGCUGCAGCAGUGCGAGCUGGUCCAGAACAUGAUCGACAUCAGCAUCUCCAACCUGGAGGGGCUCCGCACCAAGUGCGCCGCCUCCAACGACCUCACGCAGAAGGAGAUCCGCACCCUGGAGAGCAAGCUGGUGAAGUACUUCAGCCGGCAGCUGUCGUGCAAGAGGAAGGUGGCGCUGCAGGAGCGCAAUGCCAAGCUCGAGGGCUUCCCCCAGCUCCUGCACUGGUUCCGCAUCGUCGACAUCCGCAAGGAGGUCAUGGAGGUGGGGCUGGAAUCCCCUCCGGGGGCUCCGCGGCGGCUCUGGGGGCCUCAGCCCUCCCCGGGGGGGGUUUUCCCAGGGGGUUUAGUCAAGAAGAAGAACAAGCCCCUGAACCUCAAGAUCCACAACAGCGUGGGGAGCUGUGAGAACAUCCCUGCCCAGCGCUCCCCCCUCCUGGCCGAGCGCUCCCUGCGCUCCUUCUUCGUGGGCUACCCGCCCUUCCUGCCCUCCACCCCUCCCGUGCACACCGAAGCCACCUUCUCAGCCAAUACGCUGUCAGUGCCUCGCUGGUCCCCGCAGAUCCCCCGGCGGGAUCUGGGAAACUCCAUAAAACACAGGUUUUCCACCAAGUACUGGAUGUCUCAGACCUGCACUGUCUGUGGGAAAGGAAUGUUGUUCGGCUUAAAGUGCAAAAACUGCAAGUACGGCGGGGGCUGGAGCUCUUUGGGUCUCUCCUCGAGCCUGGGAGGGGAUAAAUUCGGGAUUUGCUGGUGGAGCCCAGCAGGAACUUGGCUGUCACUUGUCCCCGGGGUCCUCUGCCCUGGAGCACCUUUGGGGUGUCACCAACCGCUCUCACCGGCCCCUCUCUCUUCUUCUCUCCCGCCCUGUGUCCCACAGGACCACAUCCCGGUGCCCUACCAGCCGGAUUCCAGCAGCAACCCCUCCUCCACCACGUCCUCCACGCCCUCGUCGCCGGCGCCGCCGCUGCCGCCCAGCGCGACACCCCCGUCCCCCCUGCACCCCUCCCCGCAGUGCCCGCGCCAGCAGAAGCAGUUCAACCUGCCAGCUUCCCAUUACUACAAGUACAAGCAGCAGUUCAUUUUCCCAGAUGUGGUGCCUGAGACUCCAACCCGAGCCCCACAGGUCAUCCUCCACCCCGUCACCUCCAACACCAUCCUGGAAGGAAACCCAUUGCUUCAAAUUGAAGUGGAGCCCACCUCGGAGAACGAGGAAGGCCCCGAGGAGGCGCAGGAAUCCGAGGACGACUUCGAGGAGAUGAACCUGUCGCUCCUCUCCGCCCGCAACUUCCCGCGCAAGGCCAGCCAGACCAGCAUCUUCCUGCAGGAGUGGGACAUCCCCUUCGAGCAGCUGGAGAUCGGGGAGCUCAUCGGGAAGGGCCGCUUCGGGCAGGUCUUCCACGGGCGCUGGCACGGCGAGGUGGCCAUCCGGCUCAUCGACAUCGAGAGGGACAACGAGGACCAGCUGAAGGCCUUCAAGAGGGAGGUGAUGGCCUACAGGCAGACACGGCACGAGAACGUGGUGCUCUUCAUGGGAGCCUGCAUGAGCCCCCCCCACCUCGCCAUCAUCACCAGCCUGUGCAAAGGACGGACUCUCUACUCGGUGGUGAGAGACGCCAAAAUCGUCCUGGACGUCAACAAGACGAGGCAGAUAGCACAAGAGAUCGUGAAGGGAAUGGGUUACCUGCAUGCCAAGGGGAUCCUCCACAAGGACCUCAAGUCCAAGAAUGUUUUCUACGACAAUGGGAAGGUGGUGAUCACCGACUUCGGCCUCUUCAGCAUCUCGGGCGUUCUCCAGGCGGGCAGGAGGGAGAACAAGCUGCGCAUCCAGAACGGCUGGUUGUGCCACCUCGCCCCCGAGAUCAUCCGCCAGCUCUCCCCGGACACCGAGGAGGACAAGCUGCCCUUCUCCAAGCACUCGGAUGUCUUUGCACUGGGCACCAUCUGGUACGAGCUGCACGCGCGGGAGUGGCCCUUCAAGACGCAGCCGGCGGAGGCGAUCAUCUGGCAGGUGGGAAGAGGGAUGAAGCCCAACCUCAGCCAGAUCGGGAUGGGCAAGGAGAUCUCGGACAUCCUCCUCUUCUGCUGGGCCUACGAGCAGGAGGAGAGACCCACCUUCACCAAGCUCAUGGACAUGCUGGAGAAACUGCCAAAGCGCAACCGCCGCCUCUCCCACCCCGGGCACUUCUGGAAGUCGGCAGAGUAA